UGGCUACUUCAUAGUUCUGGUUCUGAAAGAACCAUUCAUGGGGGAGCCAAACCCUACAGCCAACGCCGAGGAAGCGACAGAAAAGUUGACAACGCCUCAGGCCCCUCCACCACCUCCCCGUCUGGUAUCUCUAGUCCAACCAUCCCAGAAAAAGAAACAGAAACUCAAGGUCUUUCGCGUCUUCCGUUCCGUCUUCCGUUCUUUUCCAAUCUUAACUCCUGUCUGCAAAUUCCCUACCCCCUCCGGCGGCUUACCAGACACCCACCGCACCUCUGGUACCCGUAUCACCGGCACCUUGUUCGGAUACCGUAAAGGUCGUGUAAGCCUUUCCAUGCAAGAGGCCCCAAAGUGUCUACCCACGUUGGUGGUGGAGCUUGCCAUGCAAACCAAUGUUUUGCAGAAGGAGAUGGCCUCAGGCAUGGUAAGAAUCGCACUUGAAUGCGAGAAGAGAUCAGAGAAGGACAAGAUCAAGCUUCUUAAUGAACCCUUAUGGACCAUGUAUUGCAAUGGCAAGAAGAGCGGUUAUGGCGUCAAGAGAGAUGCCAAUGAUGAGGAUCUAAACAUUAUGGAGCUCCUUAAGGCUGUUUCAAUGGGUGCUGGCGUUUUGCCUGGGAACUCUGAAGUUGAGGGCCCUGAUGGAGAGAUGGCUUACAUGAGAGCCCAUUUUGAACAUGUUGUGGGCUCUAAGGAUUCUGAGACCCUUUACAUGUUGAGCCCAGAAGGGAAUAAUGGACCUGAGCUCAGCAUAUUCUUUGUGAGGAUCUGAUCAGAUUGACAUACAAUUCCUUAAUUUGUGAAGCUUUGAUCUUACAUCAACCAUAUUGUUUGUUGCGCAUCGUAGCAUGCAUCGCCGUUGCGUGUUACCUGCCGGUGGAUCAUCACGCCGUGGAGGUUAUAUUCUGUCAAAGAGGUGGGUAUAGAUGUCCAAGCCAAAAACACCAUACCGUACAAGAUGAGAGUAGUGUCUCUAGCUAGAUUA